AUGAUAUCUGUUUUAACAGUGCUCCCGCGAGGCGAAGUAACAGCAGGAUGGUGGGCGUUUGCAACUGUGAUGGCAGUCAUCACCAUCGCGACGGUGAUCGGGAACCUUUCGGUGGUGAUAGCGCUGUGCAAGGUGAAACGGUCGCCCACACAUUUCCCGCUGACCAGUUUGGUGGUAGCGGAUUUACUGGUGGGGUUGGUGGUGCUGCCCAUUGCGGCUGCUAGGGAGCUGUUUGUAUUUCAUUUGCCCCGUAUCGUCUGUGCAUUCUGGAGCACAAUGGACGUCUUAUGCUGCACUGCGUCCAUCCUCUCCCUCUGUGUACUCGGCUGGGAGCGCUGGAGCGGCAUCACGGCGCCGCUCGCUCGCGCCAGACGCGGAGAGAGAGCCAGACUCCUUGCUUAUACCGUCUGGCCGAUAGCCAGUGCGGUGGCUCUGCCCACAGCAUUCAUUCCUUCACCGCGACACUUUCAUCCAGGCGAAAUGGCUAAGGCGUGUACUGUGAAUACUAAUAUAGGCUACGUGUUCUUCAGUAUAUCGUUCUCUUUCUACCUCCCAGCGGGCAUGAUGAUCGUGAUGUAUGGCUAUAUACUUCGCGCGCUGGCUGCCCCGCCCCCCUUACGUGUGCAUAGAGGUCGAUCCCCGAAUACAAAUACAAACAAUAUACAGAGUCAAACACCAAACAAACCUAUAAGCAAUCCCGUUCCGCACCCUGAAUCUACCCAGGACCUCAAUUCAAAUGACCUGCCAAGGUAUUCAACACCAAAAGGGCGCAAAUUAAACAUUCCAGGUAUAUCGAAGAGCAUCCAAAUACCAUCACCAUUAAAGUCACCUCGUGCCUUUCGCGGGUUCAUGUCCCGCCAACGCCGCGCCACUCGCACCAUUAUCAAGCUGAUGGGGCUCUUCUUAGUCUGCUGGACGCCAUUUUUUGUCAUGUUGCCUGUAGAUUCGCUCUUCGACUGUGUCAGGGACACCACCUGGCAGUGGUGUACCUGGCUAGGCUACCUGAACUCAGCCCUGAAUCCCCUCGUGUACUCCGCCGCAUCGCCCAGUGUGAGGAGAGCUUUUCGCGCUUCCUUUUCCAGCUCGAAUGACGUCGCUAUGACGACCCGCGAGAAAAGGAGUGACGGGAUCAUCGACAUUUCAGGUUUAAAAUAA